AUGGCGGAGUCUCCAGCGAGCGAUCAUUUCGAUGAAAUCCCUCCCGUGUUCAAGAUCAACCUGUCGCUCCCACCAGCCGAGCGAUAUGUCGAACUGGCAACCAUCUACCGCGAAAGGAUGCGGGCUCUGUGCGGCCUAUUCGACGAGAUCAUCAUGAUGAUAUCGCCCAAGAUCCCUGUUCAAUGGGUCCACCGUAUCGCCCGGCUAUCUUUGACCCGACUGUACAGUCGAGAAGAAACGGAGGAACUCCGAGGUAUCAGCCGGGCCACGGGCAUCGACAUGUACCUCCUGGUAUGCUUCAAUUCCAUCCUCGACCUGCUUAUGGGAUGCACCAGCGGAGGUGUGCGGGUCUCAGGCAACACGUCUGGAAACCAGAAGCCGCGAAUGCUCCAUUUCAGGACCUUGGAUUGGGACAUGGACGCGCUUCGGGACUUAAUCGUGCAACUGGAUUUUGUGCGUGACUCCGACGCGGAGGAGGUACUUGCUACCAGUAUCACGUAUGCGGGCUUCGUGGGCGUCCUCACCGGUGUGCGGAAGGAGAUGAGUGUCUCGCUCAAUUUCCGCGCUGUGCAUGACACCUCCCGCGAUUUUGCGUUUUACUCGAAUCAUCUCCUCGUUCUGCUUGGGCUUCGUCGGUCGAUUUCGUCCACGCUGCGGCAGUGUAUUCUGCCGUCUGACUCGGAGUCUACGAACCCUGUCUAUUCGACUCUUGAUGAGAUUCUUGCGAAAAUACCUAGUCUCCGGACGACGGCGGCCUAUCUGGUGUUUUGCGAUGGCCGUAAAACGGUGACGAUGGAGAAGGACUACAAGACUGCAGUUGUACGCUCGUCGUCUUCAUUUAUCACCGUGGCGAAUCAUGACCAGGAAAACAACCGGCCUUCCAAACGGAACAAAGGUGGCAGCCAUUUUGGCCUGAGUCUCGUCUCCGGCGAAGCACAGGAUGUAGGCGACUUGAUUGCGGAAAGUCACGAAAGACAAAGAUGCGUGCAAGAAAGAUGGGACAAUGCAGUGCGUCACCAACAGCCUGCCGCUGAACCACCCCGGGAUCAGAGAUCUUCUCGGUCUUCUAUGACGCUCCGGAAAAGGCGAGCAGAGUGGGAUGAUAAGCGGACGAAGGAGCAAGGACAGCUUUCAUGGGAAGAAAAGCAUGCGGUAGUCACUGACAUGGAGGUGAGAGAAUGGCUCUCCACGUACCCCGUCCUGAACGAAGCCACCCAUUUUGCGACGGUGCUCGACCCGCAUCAGGGAAGGUGGCGUGGCUGA